AUGAAGCUUCAGACGAAUGCUGUUAACGUAUUAGAGCGUACCUCUGCGUAUCUGAGAUCUGGACUGCUCAGGGAGACUCCUGCAUGGUAUCAAGUGGUAGCUUCAGUUCCCCCAACGACUAAGUUUACUAGGGAAGCAAGGUUUAUUAAUCCUUCUACAGGUAAAAAGACAGUCCAAUGGAAAGAAUUUGAUGAAGGUAUUAAUCGUAAAGGUUUUUAUAAGACAAGAAAUAGCUCCUUUGAUAGAAAGCCCAUGGAUAGUAGGUUGUACAAAGCACCAAAAUUACAAUUCUUAGAGGAUCAAUUGAGAGAAGUUUUCUACCAGCAGCAUCCAUGGGAAUUUUCAAGACCCAAGAUGCUUGUGGAGAAUGAAAUCAAUGAGAAUUUCGAUUGGAGCUACAUGUCACAAUUGGGUAAACCAUUGGAUGGUGAAAGCGUUGUGCAGAGAACCAUAUAUCUGUUACAAAAAGAUCCUGAAUUGGGUAUUAUCGAUGCCUAUGAUAGAACUAGAUUUGAAUUUUACCGUCUGAGGAUGCAAGAGGAAAUAGAGCAGCAAGUAGCGCAAGAAGAAGCAGAAAUGUUUGGAUCCGUAUUCAGUUCAUCGGCAAUCGAUUACGGUGUGGAGCAAGAACAAAGAGUUAUCGACGUGUGGAAACAAAAGGCUAUCGAAGAGACUGAAUUGCUUGCCGCUAGACGUGCUAGCCCUGCAGAAUCUUGGGGACAAGAGAAACAAGAAGGAGAGCCAAAUAAAUCCGAUGAGGAUGGCCAAGAGACCGAGGAAUUACAUCUGUGA